ACAUGGGACUCGAGAUCAAGGAAAAAAAUGAGAGGAUUAAGAGCCAGAGAAGCAAUGUUCACACACAGGACCAGCCAGCAGACGGAGGACAUUCCAACCAGUAAGGUGUCCUGUGGCCUGACCCCACAAAAUGCCAAGAGAAGAUGCUCACUUCAUUUAUGGUUACCCCAGGAAGGGGCAUGGCCACUCCUACAUCACAGCUGAAGGGGCUGCAGGGAUUGGCAUCCUGACAGUGGUCCUGGGAAUUUUAUUGCUCAUCGGCUGCUGGUAUUGUAGAAGACGAAGCGGAUACAGAAGCUUAAAGGAUAAAAAUAUUCACACUGGUACUCAAAGUCCCUUAACAGGAAGAUGUUCACAUGAGGCACUUGGUCACCAGGACAGCAAACUGCCUUUUCAAGAAAACAAUUGUGAACCUGUGGUUCCUAAUGCUCCGCCUGCCUAUGAGAAAGUCUAUGCCCAACAGUCACCACCAGCAUACUCACCAUGAGAGUCAGCAAGCCCGCCGAGAGGCUGAAAUGACUUCCUGCACACUCUUACAUUUAGCAUGGGCAUCGAAUGUGCUGCUUCGGAAUGCUGUGGAAACAGUACAUCAACUCUAAUAAUAAGCGUAGUGUUAAAUUCUUAGUAGAGCAACUAGCAAUACUAAUUGAGGAAAUGAAAGUACUAAAAUGGGAAAACUUUGUCAAUAAAUGUAAUAAAUGAUACUGUUUCAGGGUAAUGCUAAUAAAUUUAUAGUGUUAUUUUCUGAGGGAUAGAAUUUCCUGUGUGUUCUGGGACCAUCCAGUUUCAUUUUAGCUGAAAUUUGGCUAAUUACUAACAAACCACUACUCUUAUUUUUGAAGAAGCUCUCAAUCAACAGGAGUCCAACAGGUUUGUUGCAGAUGAGUAUCAGCUACGGACUGCUCACAAAGAGCCAGAUUCAUCUGAUCAGGAAAGUAUGUCGCUUUGUGUUCUAAAAUUCCGUGAUGCUAUAAUACACCACAGAGAUUCUGUAUCUUAAUACAUAUAAUAUAGUUCUAAUGAUAUGAUAUUUCACUUCAAGGCUCAAUGCUAUCAUAAUAAUUAAGGACAAUAAUUUUCCAUUAAACAAGAAGGUAGUAUAAGGAUUUAAACAAGUAAAAGCUAACAUAAUUUGGCACAGCCUUAAAUGUCCCAGUGACAGUUUAGCUCCUUUGGGUUCCCAAAUCCCUCUCAAAAGAACACACAGAAGAAAUUAUAAAGAUCAGAGAUUCUGGAACGGUACUGUUAUUUGCAUAGCAACACGAUAAUUUUUUGUUGUUGACAUUUACAUAUCACCUAUACUAUUACUUAUCUAAUUCCUUUUUUUUCAGCCAGCUCAUUCAAUUUUUGGGGCCAAAAUUUUUACCAUCACCCUAAAUGGAAAAUCA